CUGUUUCUCACCAGGAGUAAAAAAUGACCCUCAACAAUGUUACCAUGCGUCGCACCCACAACAGUAGCCUGCAGCAGCAGCAGCAGCGAUGGAGCAUCCCUGCUGAUGGAAAGAAUCUGCUGGUCCAGAAAGACUCCAACGAGUACAACCCACAGAAACGAUACACCAUCAGCCCUGAUGAAUAUUACAGAAGGAGCUGGUCCUCAGAGUCAUCCGACUCUGUCAUCUCCUCUGAGUCUGGCAGCAACUGCUACCGGGUUGUGCUGAUUGGGGAGCAUGGUGUAGGCAAGUCCUCACUGGCCAACAUCUUUGCAGGGGUGCACGACAGCAUCGACAGUGACUGUGAGGUGCUGGGAGAAGACACGUAUGAAAGAACACUGAUGGUGGAUGGGGAAAGUGCAACCAUUAUACUGCUUGACAUGUGGGAUAAUAAGCGUGAAGGAGAAUGGAUUCGAGACCACUGCAUGCAAGUGGGAGAUGCGUACUUGAUUGUCUACUCCAUCACAGACCGAGCAAGCUUCGAGAAGGCCUCUGAACUCAGAAUACAGCUCCGCAGGGCACGACAGAAGGAAGAUAUCCCCAUUAUUCUGGUUGGCAACAAAAGUGACCUUGUCAGGUGUCGUGAAGUUUCUGUGGCAGAGGGACGAGCCUGCGCCGUCGUGUUUGACUGCAAGUUCAUCGAGACCUCAGCAGCCGUGCAGCACAACGUGAAAGAGCUGUUUGAAGGCAUCGUGCGGCAAGUGCGGCUCCGUAGGGACAGCAAGGAGAAGAACGAGAAGCGGCUGGCAUACCAGAAACGGAGGGAGAGCAUCCCCAAGAAAGCCAGGCGGUUCUGGGGCAAAAUAGUUGCCAAGAAUAACAAGAACAUGGCCUUCAAACUCAAGUCCAAGUCUUGCCAUGACCUAUCAGUACUUUAAGAACAUUGGACUCUGCCAGAGCUUGUGGCAUUUUGUGGACAGUAUCUAACUAUGUCGUGGGACAAUCAAUCAAUCUAUAUUAGAUUGGGCUAUCAAAGUGACUUAGGUUCACAGCUGUGAUUGUGAUUAUACGUGCUGGCUUAAGAACAGCACAGUGCAUGGAAAUAUCUCUCUUCCUUUUUUUUUUUUUUUUGUCAGUAGUUUUAAAAGAAAAGUAUAGACCAGAAUGGCCCAAAAUUAUGCUGGGAAGUGUUCUGGAAUAUACCUGCUCUUUCUCUUCUCACCUUUGGAUAAUAGUGUAAGAACUUCAAACAGUAACGACUUGGGAAGUGAACACUCCUUACUC